AUGUGGCCGUUUCGCAAGGAGCAGGAACGUGGUGGGUGGUUGAUUGGGUGGAACCCGCAUGGACUACUCGUCAUUGUGGUCGCAGUUGUGCACGAUCCGCGUGUUGAGAACGCGACAGCGGCUCUCAACAAGUUAAAGGAAAGCGAAGGAGACAUUCGCGCUACUGCCCAUCGGAAGCAGCACAAGGACGUCCCCAGUGCAACAUCGCUGCUAAUACUGGGCUGGAUGCACAGCAAACAAGCAACACUGGACAAGAGUGAAUAUGCAGACGCGUGGGUUCGUUCACAGCAUAGCCGUGCAGAGUUAUGGCUGGAACUGAAUGAGGGUCCACUACUACAUCAACUGUACUGCUGCGGGUCCCCCGUGCAGCCAUGCCACCUUCACGUCUUGCGAAGUGAUCCCACUGUAUCUUAUGCCGUUACGUCAACUGCCUUCAGUGCGGUGGCCAGGCACGAUCGCGGCGACUUAGUGAAGUUGGUAGAAGGCAAAAUGCAGCCUAUUUGCGUGGAAGGUGCAAAUUCCACAUUAGAAGGUGUGUUGUUGCCGUCGCACAUGGUCCAUUCAGCAGGACCGCGUACCAAAAUGAGGCGGAUGGUGGGCAGCGACCCACUGACACAAGACGAGGAGGAAAAACAGGAAGGGGCAAAGCAAAGAACAGAGGACGACCGCGUGUCUGUGGGGAGCUCAGGUUCGGGCGAAGGAAGCACUGAGUCACAAAGUGUUAGAGGUUCGGAAACCCCUAGAUUUGGGGGGGAGUUGCAUCCGCGGCUUGAUUUCCCCACAAGUACUGACUAUGGGGAGCUUAGCUCGUUACUACGGGCCAGUGCAUACGGCAAGAUACUGCGAGAAUUGUGUGAGAAUAAGGUUAGCAACGCCACAGAUGGCACCGCUGCGACGGCACGUCUGUGUGCUUACUGGAAAAACUGCGGCAACAGAUUUACCGGUUUUCUCACAAAAAUACUUGUGGUGUUCCACCUCGUGCUCAAGUGGCCUGGGAACGUCUCGUACACUGCAGCUCUGUUAGAAUUUCGCCUCCGUAUGGUGAUCCAUUGGCUUUUGUUACUAAGAGGGGAUACAAGAGUCUGUUGUCUUCAUCCUGUGUUACCUCACAUUCAACACAACGAUCCUGCACUGCGGCGUUUCUGCGUCGUUGAUUUCCUUGUUCGUUUUGCGGUGGACACAAUAUGUGGGAUGCUUCUGAGUUUGCUGUUAUCACACGGGAGCGGCUUAUUGGUGACAAAGGCUGUGUCUUGGUGCCGGUGGCUCCUGUACGACCUUCACAUGGAAUACAUGGACUGGUUUGAAGGAUGGCCCGCAGGUCUUAAGAUGAACGGAGACCUCAGUAUGACGUUAUCUUGCAUCGCUAAGGCUGUACUUGAGGCGAGCUGGGCCUCCGUUGAGGAUCUUAGCAAUGUAGGCUUAUUCUACAAGUUGCUGAUUUUCGUUGCGCCGUUAGGUGCUAGCUGUGCAUUCGCCUUCGUUGCGGACCUGUGCUUAAUUGCCUCCCUCCACUUAUAUUUGGUAUUCCACAGCGUCUCCUUGCCGUAUCGGUUUGCACGUUUCAUGCUCCGGAACCUGUUCCUCCAGUUCCAAGGCAAGAAGCAUAACCCCCUGCGACACCGCACCGAUACAUAUGACUUUCCCGUUGAGCAGACCCUCGUGGCAACCGUGAUCUUCACCAUUAUUGUCUUCCUCCUCCCCACAUUGGCUGUUUACCAUGUGUAUUUUGCUCUCAUAUGUAUUGCCGUAUGGUUGUUACAGGGAGCAUUGCUGGUAGCUGCCCACCUCACACUUUACCUUCCACUUUAUCCUCUCUUCUACUGGGCACUGUACCGGCGGCAGUGGCCUGGUGGGGUGGCAUUAACGGGACCGAAGGUGCUAAGCACACCGCAGCAUUCACGAGCGUUGAACCCGUUUGCGCGGGGCUCGUUGACCGUGGAGUUUGGUGUUGUAUCGAAACCGCUGGAGCUGAGGGUGCUGCUGGCUGAUUUCCUGCUGGUUGCGCAUGUUGUGGGAAGACUUCACCCAUUUGAUAUGAUAGUUGCUGUCUUCAAAGUGAGGCGCUGGGAACGCACAAAUCCGGGAAAGUGCCUCGUCCCACCAUUGCCAGCUGACAUUAUGCCUUUGACGGGAAUGACACUACCAAAGACGGCCGUUGCGUAA